AUGUCUUCAUACGCCAUCACCGGAGCCUCCAAGGGCAUUGGCCGCGAGUUCGUGCGCCAACUCGCCGCUGACUCGGCCAACACAGUGCUAGCUAUUGUGCGAGACCCCAACUCGUCCGCCAUGUCUGAGCUCGCCUCCAAUCACCCUAACUUGCACGUUAUCAAAGGCGAUGUUACGGACCCAAAGUCUAUUCUGGAGGCUGCCUCAGCUGCAUGCACCAUCACAGGUGGCAAACUAGACGUGCUUAUCCACAACUCCAACGCCGUUGAUAUGGCCACCAUGCCCUCCAACCCGACCCAAUUUCCCUUUGAUGCCGAAGCCAUCAAGGCAAUGUUCGACCCGUCGUUCAAUACGGCUAUUUAUGGUGGUCUUUGGACGACAAAUGCCUUCCUGCCCCUGAUUGAGAAGGGCAUCCAGAAGAAGAUUGUGCACAUUUCCACCGCCAUGGCAGAUAUAGAUUUGAUCAAAAAGACUGGUGUCAGCUACGCUGUUGCAUACUCUGUCGCAAAGGCUGGGAUGAAUGUCCAAGUCGCCAAAUACGCAGCAGAACUUGCGCCUAAAGGCAUCAAGGUGUUAGCUUUAAGCCCUGGAUGGGUUAAUACGUGGGAGGGGGAGAAACCACCUCAGGUGGUAGAAGCGAACAAGGUCAUGCUGAAGCAGUUUCAAGCAGCCGAUCCUGAACUCAAGGGGCAGAUUCAGCCCGAGGAGAGUGUUAGAAAGUGCCUAGAGGUGAUUGAGCGUCUGGAUUCCGAGACAAGCGGCUUGCUCAUAAGCCAUAAUGGAGAUAGAGCAAGGUGGACAUAG